GUGUGUUUCUUGGGAGAUGAAUUUGAUGCCAAACCAUUAUCAAUCUCAGCACAAUUAGGCUGUCCUGUGGAGGUUACAGCCUAUAUUGACGAUAAUUAUAAUGGAGAUUCAACAACAUUCAAACUCGAACCUCGUUCAUGCUUCGUAGUACCUGACGGAUGGAAUAGGAAGAUCAGCUCAGCCAAGAUCAAGGAUAACAAAUGUGUAACUUACUAUACAGAUUCAAAUUGCCUAAAAAAUCCUUUGCAUGUCUGCGGUGAUAUUGAUUUUUAUAGAUCUGCUCCUUUAUAUAAUGACAAUGUCUACUCAAUUUUACCAGAUCAACAAGAUUUGCUCAAAUGUUUAAAUGUUUAA